AUGGACGACGCGCAGAGGCCCUGGGACGAGGCACAGGCGGGCCAUGCCACCACGGUGGACGUGCUGCUGGGGGCGGACGGCUCUGUGUGCGUCUCUGACAAUGGCCGCGGGAUCCCAACGGACAUCCAUCCAUCAACGGGCAAGUCAGCACUAGAGACCGUGCUCACAGUGCUGCAUGCGGGCGGCAAGUUCGGGGGCGACUCAAGCGGUUACCGCGUGUCAGGAGGGCUGCACGGCGUGGGCGUUGUGGUCAAGGUCGGCACAGGGCCAUCAGUCUCCCGUGCCCCACCUUCCUUCCUUCCCCACACCUUCCGGCUACCCCUCUCCCCACGUGUCUCCCCUCAACAGGUUGUGAUUCACCUGCAGGAGGAGGGCGGGCGGUCAGCGGACUUCCACUUUGCGGGCGGGCUGCUGGAGUUCGUGCGCUGGCUCAACAGCGAGAAGACGCCGAUGCACGAGGCGCAGUGUGUGGAGGAGGAGAGGGACGGCGUGGGCGUGGCGGUGGCGUGGCAGUGGAGCGUUGAUGCGUACAGUGACAGCGUGGUGGGGUAUGCCAACAGCAUCCGCACCUCCGAUGGCGGCACGCACCUCGACGGUGCCAGGGCCGCCUUCACCCGCACCCUCAACGCUGCUGCCCGGAAGCAACGCCUGCUCAAGGAGAAGGAGGAGAACCUGGCGGGCGAGCACCUGAGGGAGGGGCUCACAUGUGUGGUGGCCGUUAAAGUGGGCAACCCUGAGUUCGAAGGCCAGACCAAGACGCGGCUGGGCAAUCCAGGGGUGCGCAGGGUGGUGGACGGGGUGGUGAGUGACGCCCUGGCAGCGUUCCUGGACGCCAACCUCGCAGCGUGUGAGGCCAUCCUCUCCAAGGCGCUCGACGCAUACAAGGCUGCCGAAGCUGCGAAGAAGGCUCGGGAGUUGGUUCGGCGGAAGAGUGUGCUGAAGUCGGCCAUGCUGCCGGGCAAGCUGGCGGACUGCUCGUGUGACGACCCCGCCAAGUCAGAGGUGUUCAUAGUGGAGGGGGACUCGGCUGGUGGCAGCACCAAGCAGGGCCGCGACAGACGCCUUCAGGCGGUGCUGCCCCUGCGCGGCAAGAUCCUGAAUGUGGAGCGGCGGGACGAUGCGGCCAUCUACAAGAACCAGGAGCUGCAGAACCUCAUCCUCGGCCUGGGGCUCGGGCUAAGGGGCGAGGAGUUUGACCAGAGGGCGCUGCGCUACCAUCGCAUCAUUCUGCUCACCGAUGCCGAUGUGGACGGCGCUCACAUCCGCACGCUGCUGCUCACCUUCCUCUUCCGCUACCAGAGAGCGCUCUUUGAGAACGGCCAUGUCUAUGUCGGCGUCCCCCCGCUCUACAAGGUGGAGGUGGGGCGCCAGGCGCCAGUGUACUGCUACAGCGACGCAGAGCUGCAGGCGCACCUGCGCUCGCUGCCCGCCUCCGCCUCCCCCACCAUCCAGCGCUUCAAAGGGCUGGGCGAGAUGAUGCCAACGCAGCUGUGGGAGACGACCCUGGACCCCAGCCAGCGGCGGCUGAAGCUCAUCACCGUGGAGGAGGCGGCGCAGGCCAGUGUCACCCUCUCCGUGCUCAUGGGGGAUAAGGUGGGGCCACGCAAGGAAUUAAUUCAGACUGUGGGAAGCAGGAUGGCAGCAGCUGGAAUGCUCGACAUCUAG